AUGUGCUUCAUCGGAAGAAGCGGGGCAUCUGCAAGCUGGAUCCGGAGGAGGAUGCUGCGGCAAGUGGUUCACAGAGGGCUAAAAGCUUCUUUCUACUGGCUGGGUUUAUUCGUUAGCAGGCAUCCGGUUUUUUUCCUCACCGUCCCCGCUGUCUUAACCAUCAUUUUCGGAUCUACCGUGCUGAGCAGAUUCAAGCCCGAAACGGACCUAGAGAUACUGGUUGCACCGACCCACAGCCUCGCUAAAAUCGAGCGGAGUCUGGCGAACAGUCUUUUCCCCAUCGACCAGUCCAAAAACAAGCUGUAUUCAGAUCUGCACACUCCCGGCAGAUAUGGCAGGCUGAUUCUGCUGGCGAAAUCGGGGGGAAACAUACUGGAACUGGCCGAGCAGGUUCUGCAGGUCCACAAGAAGGUGCUGGAUUUGCGGGUUAAUUACAAAGGGUUCAAUUACACUUUCGCGCAUCUCUGUGUCAUGAGCUACCGGGAUAAGAGAUGUCUUUUGGAUGAUAUAAUUACAAUUUUCGAAGAUAUCCGCUUAGCUAUUCUCUCUAACAACACUUUAUCAAAGGUGCCAGUGAGCUAUCCAAAUACGACGUUAAAGGACGGGAGGGUUGCGUUCAUCGGCCACCAGCUGGGAGGCGUGGUCCCGGCGCCCAACAGCCGCGACCAGCAGGUGAAGUCGGCCCGGGCGGUGCAGAUCACCUACUACCUCCACAACUACGACUCGCUGGCCCAGGAUGCCAUCGCCGAGCAGUGGGAGAACGAGUUCUGCAAGCUGGUGCGGCGGCUGGCCGGCUCCGGCGAGGACCUGUACGUGCAGUCGCUCACCUCUCUCAGCCUCUGGAGGGACUUCCACCGCACCGGCGUGCUGGCCCGCAGCGAGGUGCUGGUCAGCCUGGUGCUCAUCCUGCUGGCCGCCACCGUGUCCAGCUCCAUGAGGGACUGCCUGCGAGGGAAGCCCUUUCUGGGGCUGCUGGGAGUGCUCACCAUCUGCAUCGCCAACGUCACCGCCGCAGGGAUCUUUUUCAUCUCCGACGGGAAGUUCAACUCCACGCUGCUGGGGAUCCCCUUCUUCGCCAUGGGACACGGAACAAAGGGAGUGUUUGAGCUUCUGGCAGGGUGGAGAAGAACCAGAGAAAACCUGCCCUUCAAAGAGAGGGUGGCCGACGCCUUUGCGGACGUGAUGGUGUGCUACACCAUGACCAGCUCCCUCUACAUCAUCACCUUCGGCAUGGGCGCCAGCCCGUUCACCAACAUCGAGUCGGUGAAAAUCUUCUGCCAGAGCAUGUGCGUGGCCAUCCUGGUGAACUAUUUCUACGUCUUCUCCUUCUACGGCUCCUGCCUGGUGUUCGCCGGGCAGCUGGAGCAGAACCGGUACCACAGCGUCUUCUGCUGCAAGAUACCGUCGGUGGAGUACCUGGACAGGCAGCCCACGUGGUUCAAGACCAUGAUGAGCGAUGGUCACGACCUCUCCACGCACCACGACAGCAUCCCCUACCAGAACCACUUCAUCCAGCACUUCCUGCGGGAGCACUACACAGAGUGGAUUACCAACACCUACGUCAAACCCUUCGUCGUCAUCCUCUACCUGAUUUACGCUUCCUUCUCUUUCAUGGGAUGUUUACAGAUCAGCGACGGGUCGAACGUCGUCAACCUCCUGGCCAGCAACUCCCCGAGCGUCUCCUACGCGCUGACCCAGCAGAAGUACUUCAGCAACUACAGCCCGGUGAUCGGGUUCUACAUCUACGAGCCCAUCGAGUACUGGAACUCCACCGUCCAGGAGCACCUGAAGACGCUGGGCCACGGGUUCAAUAAGAUUUCGUGGAUUGACAACUUCUUUCAGUAUCUGAAGGUGGUGAACGUUAGCGCGUCGACCAAAAGCGAAUUCAUAACCAUCCUCCAGUCCUCCUUCCUGAGGAGCCCAGAGUACCAGCACUUCAAGGACGACAUAAUAUUUUACAAAAUAAGGGACGAGACAGAGAUCAUCGCCUCCCGGAUGUACCUGGUGGCCCGGACCACGGAGAAGACCCGGGAGGAGGUGGUGGAGCUCCUGGAGAGGCUGAGGCCCCUCUCCCUCAUCAACAGCAUCAAAUUCAUCGUCUUCAACCCCACCUUCGUGUUCAUGGAUCGAUACAGCUCCUCGGUCAUUUCGCCCAUCCUCACCUCAGGCUUCAGCGUCCUGAUCAUCCUGAUCCUGACCUUCUUUCUGGUCAUCAACCCCCUGGGGAACUUCUGGCUGAUUCUGACGGUCACCUCGGUGGAGCUGGGGGUCCUGGGCCUAAUGACGCUGUGGAAUGUCGACAUGGACAGCAUAUCUAUUCUGUGCCUUAUUUACACUUUGAACUUUGCGAUGGAUCACUGUGCCCCGCACCUUUACACUUUUGUACUCGCCACCGAGCACACCAGGACCCAGUGCAUAAAGAUCUCGCUGGAGGAGCACGGGGCGGCCAUUUUACAGAACGCGUCCUGCUUCGUGAUCGGGAUGAUGCCCUUGGUGUUUGUGCCUUCCAACCUGACCUACACGCUGUUUAAGUGCUCCCUCCUCACCGCCGGCUGCACGGUCCUGCACUGCUUCAUCAUCCUGCCCGUGUUCCUGACCUUCUUCCCCCCGUCCAAAAAGAGACACAAGAAGAAGAAACGGGCCAAACGGAAAGAGCGGGAAAGGGAGAGGGAGCGUGAGAAAGAGAGGGAGCGAGAGAGGGAGAGGGAGGAGAUAGAGUGCAUCGAAGUCAGGGAUAACCCGGAUCACGUGACCAAUGUCUGA